AUGCAGGUGGACGGGAUUGCGGUUAAUACUUUCACGGAACUAGAAUCACUCGCAAUCAAAGUCUUAUCGGAGGACGACAAGAUUCCACCGGUUUACCCGGUGGGUCCGAUCCUGAAGCUAAAGAAAGAAAGCGAUGAUAAGUCUACCGCCGACAUUAUACGGUGGUUGGACGGUCAACCUUUGUCGUCGGUUAUUUUUCUUUGCUUCGGGAGCAUGGGAUCCUUCCCCGAUGCACAAGUGAAAGAGAUCGCUUACGCGCUUGAGAAAGUCGGGAAACGGUUUCUCUGGUCGCUUAGGCGGCCGUCGGCUACGGACAAGAAGAUGACGUGGAUCACGAGCGACUACGAAGACCCGGGUCAGGUAUUACCGGAAGGUUUCCUAGAACGAACGGCCGAGAUUGGAAGAGUGAUCGGGUGGGCACCGCAGGUGGAGGUGCUGUCGCACGAGGCGGUGGGGGGUUUCGUGUCGCAUUGCGGUUGGAACUCGGUGCUGGAAAGCGUGUGGUUUGGGGUUCCGACUGCUACGUGGCCGAUUCAGGCGGAGCAGAAUAUGAAUGCUUUCUUUGUGGUGAAGGAGGUGGGAUUGUCUGUGGAUGUUAAGAUGGAUUAUAGGCAAAGCCGGUGGGAAAUAUCUGAUGAAGAAGAUACGGCGACGGUGCCGUCGACGGUGAUUGAAAGGGCGUUAAGGCAACUGAUGGAUGAGAAUAGUGAGGAGUGUUUGGAGAUGAGGAAGAGGAUGAAGGAGAUGAGUCACGAAAGUAGGAAGGCCGUGGCGGAGGGAGGUUCUUCUUAUGUGUCCAUUGGCCGGUUCAUGGAUGACAUUAUUAAUCAUAAAUAAACUAUGUUUUUA